GGGAGCCAGGGGGGGUCAUGGAGACAUGGGGUCACAGGGCCUGGAGUCUGGAGACAGCACUGCCUCAUGGUGGGCUCUGGCCUGGGAUGCAGGCUCCGGGGCUCAUCCUUCAACAGUUUUUAGCUCUGAAGCCUUGGACAAGUACCUCCACCAUCUUGUGCCUUGGCUUCCCCAUCUGUCAAAUGGGUGUAAAAAUGGUCAAGCUAACUCUGUACUGAACUCCUGCUGAGUUGUGCUGGGCACUCACAGGCUGCAAGGUGGGGUCAUUGGCCUCUUUAACAGAAGAACAUGAAGUGCAGAGGUUAAGCCAUUCAGGAUCAGCAAGGGUCUGGUUUCGAAGGCUGCCUGCUCUUUACUCCCAUUCUGCCUCCUUCAUAGGGUAGUUUUAGAGAAUCAAACGGCCUUUUGCAAAUAGAAACAAGCGGUAAAAGGUGAUGAUAUUAUCUAGUGGUGUUGCCACACAGUUCUUCUGCCAGUUCCUUAUCUCUGUCAUGUUGGUGUUGGAAACAAUGGGGGCCACUGCAGACAGUUAAGAUUUGGUAAUGACUCGUGCACAGGUGGGGAGAUGACUUUAGGGUGGUGUUUAGGACUCACUGUCCCUGAGCUGCCCUGGUCUGGGGGUGAUGGGUGAUACAUGGCACAAUGUCUCCUGGAGACACUGGCCUCUGACCAGCUGACCUUGGAAGCACAGCGAGUGCCUCACUGAUAAGGGCCAGGCUAUAGUCACUGUCCUCCUCCUCCUCAGCCCUCCACGGCUUUGGCCGUGGGUCCUCAGAAAGUGUAGCUCUGAUCUGGGGGCAAAGGGGAGAGAUUUUUAAGAAUAGUGAGACAAGCUUAUCUGGAAUAAAGUUCAAAUUUUCAGGUAAGAGAAUUUUUAAAAUAAAACAUAAUUUAUAGUCUUGCCCCAGAGAUAGCAACUGUUGAUAUUUGGUUGCUUAUCUUUCCAGACAGUUUUCUUUGAAAAUAGGAUUGUGUUGUAAUGUGGUUUUAUAGCUGGUUCUUUUUCACAUUACAUCAUGGAUAUAGUUCCAUAAUAAUAAAUGUUCUAUCACAUCAUUUCCAAGGCUGCAGAAUGUCUCUUCCACAGAUAGAGCAGAAUUCACCUCGUCAGCCUCCUAGUAUUGGAUAACGAGGUGAUUAUCUGUAUCUCACCACUGCUCAAGGCCUUGGGCAUCUCUGUAAUCAAAUCUUUGCACAGGCCCUUGAUUAAUUCCAUGGAAUAGAUUUCCAGUUCUGAGUCAAGGCUAUGAACACUUUAAGGUUUUUGAUAAUGACUGAAGUUCUGUUUGUGAGGCAGGAAUUCAGGGGCUCCUCAAAGAUCAGUGGAGAAAAUGUUCUCAUGGCUUUGAAGUCAACUGUAACCCUUCCUCUCUCUCUAAGCGGUUUGCGGAAAUAAGGCCAACCACCUCUUACACAGUCCUUAACUGGGCACUGGGCCUACCUAAAAGUCUCGCUCCUCCUAGCUUUCUUUUCACAAGAGAAAAUUGAGGCCUGCGGGAUGCAGCACCAGCUGGAAUUCCCGUCCUCAUAAGCAGCAGACCUGGGUUCGUGAGCUUCACAGCUUGGCUCCAGGAUCUACACCUGGUUCUGGGAAGUUGGUUGAUUCUGUCUCCAAAGACAUCAUUAAUGUCGUCCCCUUCGGUCCUCUCCACCCUCAGCUCACUAAUGUCACACAUCACCGUCACCUAACUGGCCUUCCAUUUCCAGUCUUGUCCCUCUCAGUCUGUCCUCUGCUCUGAAGCUGGGAUGCUAUUUGAAACAUGGAAAUAGUAUCACAGAUCAGGCCACCUCCCCGAAAGAAAUUCAGAUGCUUCCUGAGCUUCAAGCCCCACCUCCUGCCCUUCUCCGUCUGCACUUCUUCAUUGCUCAUCACUCAUUACACAUCUCCUUGCCUCACUAGCUCCAAGUGCCAUGAGGUCAGAGACGGGUUGAUUUUGCCCACUGAUGCAAUGCCUUGCACAGCGCCUGGCAUAUAGUAAGCACUCAAUAACUAUGAAUGAAUGAAUGGUCCACUGAAUAAAGCACUGGUAUAGACCUUUGGUCAAGUGCUUCUGUUAGGGCUGAGCCAUCUUAUCUUGCUUAUCCUCAUUUCCUUCUUCCCUGUGUGGUGCAGUGACCGAGUUUCUAGAAGAAGAAAACCAGGACGCCAUGGGUGAGAGAGUAAGUAGGUUCUGCUCCAGGUGUCCGGUUAGUCAGGGGAGAUGAGGCUAUAUCAGGGGUCCAAGGGACUCACAGCCCCCAAAGCUCCCCUUGCAUAGUUCCCAGGUUCUUACCAUUAGAGUCUUAUGGCUGUAAAGAACCAGUAAAAGGAGAGCAUUUCUGCCUAGCCAACAGCACACACCCGGCUUGUGGGCUAAGUGGAUACUGUUCUGUUUUUGUGACAGCAGCAUGGUGGUGGACUUGGAAUCCAAAGACUCGGGUCCCAGUGUCACCAGAACCAGCUAGGUGGCUUGGGGUGAGUUACUUAUCUCCAUCUGCAAAGUGAGUGGUUAGGAAGAAGUGGUUUUUAAACCUUCCCCCACCAAAAAACUCAGCUAUUUAAAUAAUUGAAAGGACCAAGAUGAGAAAUAGAUAACAAGCCAAUCAUUUCGAUUUGAAAAAGGAAGCAGGGCUGGGGCUGCUCCCUUCUGACUGCUCUCCUUAAGUCCCCAAGGCUGGCAGGAUGGCCAGCUGUGGGAUUCGAAGAUCUCAGCUGGCUGGCUGUGUUCUAAGAACAAAGCAGAAGGCAGCAGGGUUUGCCGGCUGUGUGGGUACGGUAAGAGAUCAGGAGAAGUCAAGGGGGCCGGAGGAGGCUGGCGUGCAGAGUUUUAGACCGUGAACCAGGUGAAUUUUGCAGCAAUAGAAGCACAGGGCAGGCAGCCCUUUGGUGCGAGGAAGAGAUUCCAGCCAUUUGAGAAAAGAAAUGAGGGAAGAGGAAGCCCGGACGACUCACUUACCCUUUCCAUGAUCCAGAAAGGAAAUCGCCACCCCUGCCUUUCCAGGCCAGGGACCUCAGGUCUGGAAAGAACCGCCCACAAUCACGCAGAUACUUGGUUUCCAAGUUCAAUUGGCUGCCACGCCCCAGGUGUGUGUGGGGGAAACUCUGUCCCCAACCUCCCAGCCGCCACCUAGCAGCUCUCUGGCCUUGGCACCAGGCAGGUGCGCUCAACAGGCUGCAGCCUGGGCCACCUGGCAGCUCCAGGUGCUGUGAUCUUGCUGCCAUGGAGACGGCUUGGUGGUGAGAAGGCAGUUUCCCAAAGCUUUGUGGAUUCAGGAGAGGGAGAGACUAGAACCUCAGGCACUUGUGAGUAUUCUGCCUGAUCCCGCUGCAGUCCGCACAAGCCCAGGACAUCCCCUGUGAGGCCUCCCAGUGUGGUCUGAGGAUGACCGAGCCCCAGGGCCGGGAGCUAGAGGCUGAGUGUCCUGUCUGCUGGAACCCCUUCAACAACACGUUCCAUACCCCCAAAGUGCUGGACUGCUGCCACUCCUUCUGUGUGGAAUGCCUGGCCCACCUCAGCCUGGUGACUCCGGCCCGGCGCCGCUUGCUGUGCCCGCUCUGUCGCCAGCCCACCGUGCUGGCCUCAGGGCAGCCCGUCACUGACUUGCCCACGGACACUGCCAUGCUAAGCCUGCUCCGCCUGGAGCCCCACCACGUCAUCCUGGAGGGUCGGCAGCUCUGUCUCAAGGACCAGCCUAAGAGCCGCUACUUCCUGCGCCAGCCUCGGGUCUACACACUGGACCUAGGCGUCGAGUCUGGGAACCAGACUGCACCUUCCCAGGACACUGCCCCGGCCACCAGGCCUAUGCCCAUCCCCAUCCCCAGCCACUAUUCUCUGAGGGAGUGUUUCCGCCACCCUCAAUUCCGCAUCUUUGCCUACUUGAUGGCUGUCAUCCUCAGUGUCACUCUGCUGCUCAUCUUUUCCGUCUUUUGGACCAAGCAGUUCCUUUGGGGCGUGGGCUGAGCACUCUGUUUCUGGAGGAGGAACCAGGCCUUUCUCAGUGGCUGCUGGGGCUGGGGAUGCAGAGCCUCAUUUGGUGUUGUCUUCCUUUGUAGUAUUUUAUGAUCCAGAGAUCGGUUAGGCCCUGUUUGCUUCUGGGAGCAGAGAAGGCCCUAUCGUGGGUGCACGUGGGCGGGGUUGGGGGAUGAAGCGAAGGGCUAGGAGGCAUGAAGAGCUCUGAGUGUGAACCAGGGGUUGUAUGGCUGUAGAGCCACAUAGCAAGUUGUGCCAAAGGGCUGGACAAUGGUAUCCAGCGACCUGACUAGUCCAAAUAGCAAGCCGUAGCUCUCCCUGGAGCUGUUUUGGACUCAGUUCAUGUUUUUAUUUUAUUUGCUCUUUUCAUUAUGUGUUGCUAAAAUGUUUGGAAAGUAGGUUUGAAUUCUGUGAGAAAAUGUGCUUGUCUCCCCUUUUCAGCUUUCUCCUUGGAUGUCUUUCCACCAGUCCCAGUAAAAAACGGUCUGCAUUCCUUAAUUCCUUCAUUUAUUCAUUCUACAACCAUUAAUUGGGCAGGUACUGAGUGCAGAAGGGAAGAAAAGUGUAAGAUUACCCACUGGUGGCUGAUGGCCCCCAGCAGCAGGGAAGACGCACCAUCAGCUGCUUCUUACACAGGACAACCUCUUGUCAGCAUGCAGUUCAUGGAGUGUUGGGAGAUAAGAGUCUAAAGGUGAAGAAGCCAAGAUCAGUGGAUUAGGAAUCUGGGAUUUGGGCUGGAGUUGUAGUUCAGUAGUGGAGCAUUUGCCUAGCAUGUGUGAGGCACUGGGUUUGAUCCUCAGCACCACAUAAAAAUAAAUUAAGGUAUUGUGUCCAUCUACAACUAAUAAAUAAAUACAUUUAAAAUAUUCUUAAAAAGAAAAGAAAAAGAAUCUGGGAUUUGGGGCUGUAGAUGUUGCUCAGUGGGAAAGCACUUACCUAGAAUUUGCAAGGCCCUGGAUUCAAUCCCCAGCAUCAUAAAUAAGUAAAUAAAUAUGGGUUUACAGGCUUUUAUUCUCUCUGUGGGUGCAGAGGUCUGAUUAGAUGGUGCAGGGGUACAGCUCUGACUCCCUCCUGAAAGUACUGGGAUUCUGGCCUCAGAAGGUAGGAUGCAGCCCGGGACAGAGGCAAAACUUUAUUCCCAUCCCAGGCCUGCUGUGGGGGACCUAUUUCUUACAUGAAGAAACCAAGAACCCAGGAGCUAGAAUUUGAAGCUAGAGCUGAUGCCUUGCAGUGUCUAAAACCCUCAUUUCUACUUUUCUAGUUUUAGUUUGCCUGGUGGCCCAGAGCUCUGAAACAAUCCCAAAGUGGUUAACACACCAUCACAAUUACAAAAAGUUGACAUUUUGAGUUUCUUUUAAUUGGUGAAAUAAACUGUCAGAACUUGA